AAGGUUAAAAUCAGGAGGGGCAUGUAUGCAUUGCGAUCCCUGCAAAAUUCUGUAACCAAAAGCAGAAUCGCGAAAUACAUCAACCCUAAGGAAUAUGCUUAUGUAGGUAUCUCCUCUCUAACACAACCCAUUAGGAAUAGUAGAAUGCAAGCGACCUUUACACUAAAAACAAUGCCAGUCACUUGCAUUUCUGAUUAGGAAUCGAUUCCAAUUUUUCUUUUUUUCUCAAGAAGAGACAGCAAGGGAAAGUGAAGAACAGUAGAUUUUACCAGUGGAUUUAGCAAAAUUAUAGAUCAUCGAACAUAGAUAACGAGGUCUGAGGUUGAACCAAUGGAUUGUACAUCUGCAAGAAGGACACAAAAGGCUGACCGAGAAAAGCUGAGGAGGGAUCGACUCAAUGAACAAUUUGUAGCGCUGGUCAACAUUUUAGAUCCUGAUAGGCCCAAAAAUGACAAAGCAACCGUUAUAGAUGAUACCAUUCAAUUGCUACACGACCUUACUUCUCAAGUUAGUAAACUUAAAGAUGAAUAUGGUGCACUAAAUGAAGAAUCUUGUGAGUUGGCUCGCGAGAAAAAUGAUCUCAGAGAAGAAAAGGCUUCUCUUCAAUCAGAUAUUGAGAAGUUGAAUUGUCAGUAUCAGCAACAGCUCAGGACUGUGUCUCCAUGGACUGCAAUGGAUCAUUCAGUAAUGGUAGUUCCACCAUCAUAUCCAUAUCCAGUGCCAAUGCCAAUACCUCCUUCUCCAAUUGCUAUGCAGCCAUACCCCUUCUAUGCUAAUCAACAUUCUGCUAUUAUCCCUAACCCUUGUCCAACAUAUGUUCCUUAUUUAGUCCCUAAUACCCUUGUUGAACAGCAAUCCAUCCAGCACAUAGCCCCACCUCUUCAUCCAGGUUUCCAGUCCCACAUGUCUGGUAAACAAGAGUCCAGAAACAAAUGCAAGGAGAGCAUGGUUGAUAAACAUGAGGAUUCAAAUGAUGUCACUGCAGACCAGACUUCCGGGUUUUCUGCAGACCAGGAUUUGUCAUCUGGGCAAAUAAAGUCUAGCGAGUUGUCAAGGAGGCAAAGCAGUUGCACUGAAGUGAGUUCUUUAGGUAGGUGCUCAUCAUCUAGGAGCGUUGAGGAGAGUUCAUCAAGUAGUGUAGUUCACCAGCACAAAGGAUAAUAAAUGAGAAAGGGAACAAUGUCACUCAAGUGCUUAUCUCUUUUGAAUUGAAGUCAUUAUGGAGUUUCUCCAGUGUUUAGCUACUACUACUAUCUGGAGGUACAAGUCCCUUGUUUUUUUUUUCUUUUAAAAAAAUCACCUGUGAUAUCUCUCCCAUAUAAGUAAGCUUUUCCUUUCGUGUAAAAGCUUGACAAAUCUGGUUUAUAUACCCAUUUCUUUUAAAAAAGUAAAAUUGUACACUCUUUCUAAUAUACCCUAUUAUAGUAUGAAAUUUGUUAAAAAAGCUUAAAAUUGUGUUAAUACUUAUGCAAUGAACCUCAUUUAUAAUAUUGUAAUUUGUAAAUUAACUUGGACCAAUAAGAAAAGUGUUUUGGAUUGGAACUUGGAAGUAGUAUGUUGUUCACAAAAACUAUUAGUCGGUUAUAAACUGCAUAAGGAUGUUUGGACAAGUUUCUUUAUAAGUCAUUUUAGAGAGGAAAUAAGAAAAAAGGAAAUGAACUUCUCAAUAAGCUGAAAUUAACUUAUCUAAGAAAUCAAAAUAAAAAAAUAGAAUUUAUAUGAGAGGACUUCUAUAAGUUAGAUUAUGGAAAAAACCAAUUUUUAGUUUUUCCUUUGAUUUUCUCUCUUAGAAGGAGCUUAUGGAAAAGUCUGACCAAAAAUGCCUUUGAUUUUUGUUAAUUUUCACAUGACAUUUAAUGAAAUGUUAUUAAUUUUUCUCUAAUAAAUUUUAAAAAUAAAUACAUGUCAUGUACAACUCAGUGCAACAAUAAAUAAGUGAUCAUUCUGACUAAUUAAUAAUGACAAGCUUGUUGAGAUGUGGAAAAAUUAUAAAAAUGGUGAGAUAAGAUUGUUGAUACGAUGAGAGAGAUAAAAAUUCAAAGUAAUACCAUAAAAAUAUUGUAGAAACACUAUUUAAAGUAUAAGACCAUAAACUGGAUCGCGGGUGUGGUGCUAUGUAUUAGUUAGACCAUGUGGCAGUAAGAGAGUGGCCCUCACCCCCACCCCCACCCCGAAGAUAUCGAGGUGUUUAAUGGAAAUAAAUAAAUUUAAUCGAACAGCUGUUGAGUGACCCGUAGUUAAGUAAUACCAUGAUGCAUAAAGAAAGAAAAACAACCUUGUGAGGGGAGAGAGCAGCUGAUGAGCUAACUUACUAUCUUUCAGAGUUGAAUCUUGAAAUGGUUGUGAACAAUAGAACUAAUGCCAGCACGCAGAAACACACUUUCUGCAAGUUUUCUCUUUUGAUCAUUGAGUCAAAUUCAAGUGUUUGCACAGUAUUAAAAUCUAUUUGAUGGGUUAUGGUUUUUUGUACAAGACUAGAAGUAAAAGCUAUUAUUGGCCUUUGUUAGGUAAGUAGAAAAUUUAUCGAGCAGUCUGGCUGAAAAUGAGAAGAUUAGCCUGAUCAAAUGCAGAGAAUAAUAAAAGUGUACCCACUGCUAGCAGACACAAGUGUAAUAUAUAGUGUUGCUUCUGAUAUAACGAAAUUGGAAUUUGGUCUUUCGGUCUUUUGAAAAUAAAAGGAUGGCUGAACAAAUUUAAAAACUUAUUACUAGAGAAUACAUCAUCUUUGCCAAUAUAAGAACAAUAUUGCGCUUCCAGAAUAUUAUUAUAUUCUGUUCCAUCAAUCUAGUUCAGUAUAUGAUUUUUGUGCUGUGAUGCUGAUGUAAGUAUUUUCUGAAUACCAUCUGUUAUAAAAAAUUAUCCAAAUGAAUACUAUAAGAAUAUUAGUUAUUUGAUUAUUUUAAAGCGUAUUUUUCACUUCAUUUUGUUUGUGUAACGAUAAGAAGUAAAAUAAAAUUAAUAGCAUGAUUGAUAAAAAAAUUUAUAAGCACUGCUACUAGACAGAAAGAAACAGUGGUUGAGCAGAAGUUACACUCAAAGAAUAUAUACCAAAGCCAGUCUGAUAUCAGAAGCUAAAUAUGCUUAUAUAAAUCCUAGAUGACCACCUAGUGUGCUUAUGAUACAGUUUAGUUAUUCUCUGCAAAUUGCAUUGAUUGAGAAAAAAAGAGAGAAGAAUGGGAUGGUUCUACCCUAAGAAAAGUGCAGAAUGGAAGCAGGAACGCACAUUGACAGAGCAGACCAUGGAGACUGCUUCUCUUUCUCUAAAUCUUCACUUAUUUGUGAUAUUUGGCAUUGUCCUCGGCUUGUUGUGGCUCUCCCAUUACACCACCUACAAGGCUCAGCAGAAUCACAUAGCCCUUUACGUUCAGUUAUUCUUGUCUCUUUCGCCCAUCCUAUUGAUACUCUUCUUGCUCUCAUAUUCCACCUGUGGAAGGCUCAACUUUUGCUUCAUGCCUUCGAGGCACAAGUCACUCCAACGAGCUGCGGUGUCUCCCUGGAAUCUUGCAGCUACUACCGCCACUGUUAUCACUUUGUUACUAAUCUUUGUUUUAUUCUAAGUGGAUUUUAGGAUCUCUCAGAGAAGGAGACAGAAAUUCCAUAUGGUAUUACCGCACAACACGAGUAUAAGGAAGCUUUUGUCACAAAUUUUAUGUUCUUUGUUCAUUUCAAGUCAUAUACACACAUAUACUGUUAACAUCACGGAAUUAUUUGCUGAUAUUCUGUAUGUAAAUUAAUUUGAAGUCCUCUCACUUGUGAAAAAAGUGGAAUUUGAUCUCCGUGCAGCAA